AGCAGGGGCACUCUGGGCAGCUGGGAGAAGGCCCAUCUGGGCAAGCCUCCCCCGGCGGCCCCUCGGCCGGCCUGCCCGCUUCUCUUGCAGGUUUCUCCAAGUGCCUCCUUGCUCCUGUUUGCUUUCCCAUCUCUCCAGGUUUCAUCUUCCCAGUUCCCUUCUAGGGCCAGUGGCGUGGGGGCUGUGCCUGGUGGGCUCCACAGAGAUGCUUAGUGCUCGGGAUCGCCGGGACGGGCCCCCCGCAGAGGGGGCAGCUGCGGGGCUCCAGGGCUUUGCUGUGGACAAGACCUUCCUCUCCUCCCUCAAAGGCAUCCUGCUGGAAACUGAGCUGGCCCUGACCUUCAUCAUCUUCAUCUGCUUCACGGCCUCCAUCUCCGCCUACAUGGCCGCAGCGCUGCUGGAGUUCUUCAUCACGCUCGCCUUCCUUUUCCUCUACGCCACCCAGUACUACCUGCGCUUUGAUCGGCUGAACUGGCCCUGUCUGGACUUCCUCCGCUGUGUCAGUGCCAUCAUCAUCUUCCUGGUGGUCUCCUUUGCGGCUGUGACCUCCCGGGAUGGAGCUGCCAUCGCUGCUUUUGUGUUUGGCAUCAUCCUGGUCUCCGUCUUUGCCUACGAUGCCUUCAAGAUCUACCGGACCGAGAUGGCUCCCAGGACCACCCAGGAGGCCCAGCAGUGACCCUGAGCUACCUGGCUCCUAGGCCCAGCCAGACAAAAGGAACAGUGCAGCCCAGACACUUUUUCUUUGGAUUCACUAGCCCACAGCCCACUGCUCCCCAGCCAGGCCUUCCGAGAUGGAGUCUGGCCUGAGAAGUCACCAGGGACUUGUCUGUGGGGCUCAGUGCUCUGAGAUCUGGCUCCCGAUGAAGCUCUACCAGGAAGGAGGUGUUUUGGGGAGGGAGGGCAGGAAGAAGCUGGUCAUUCCCAAAUUAAAAGAUUCGAAUCCUACUGGUGAGUCUUUUUCUUCCCUAGGAAUCAGGCAGAUCAGGAAAGCCAGGGAGUAUUCACAAAAAUGGUCAUGGUCCCUCCUCUGCAACCAGGUCUGAGCCAUGAGGAAGGGGGACUGGACUGAAGGUGCUGAAGACUUCCUUCAACACCAGACUUCCGCUCUACGAUCUGUGUGCCGGGUCACUUUGUGCUGGGCCUGGUGGCUGGGCUCCCAGGGUCCUGUGUCUGAGAAGGCACAAGCCUUUCCCAUGUGAGUGCCCACCUGCGCGCACAGGUUUGUUAGUGGGUUUAGAGCCAGGUGCUUGCCCGGGGCGUGUGUAGAGCUCCCCCUUGUGGUGUGGGGAGGACAGGAGAGGAGAGAGGUCAGCCGGUGGCACCAGAUGAGGGCAGAACUUCCCGAAAUGCUGGCUCUGGAAGAGCUCUUAGACAUCAGCUGGUCCAAUGCCCUCAUUUCACAUAAGAGAAAACAAGCCCAACUACAGGAAGUGACCUCUU